CCUUACAAUUGGGGCACCGUUUGAAAGGUCUCCAGUUGUUAGCCACAGCCAGUCGUGACCGUCUGAUCCACGUCCUGGAUGCAGGCCGAGACUACAGUCUGGUUCAGACUCUGGACGAACACUCGUCCUCCAUCACUGCCGUCCGAUUCGCCGCCAAUGAGGGGAAGGUGAGGAUGAUCAGCUGUGGUGCCGAUAAGAGCGUCUACUUCCGCACCGCUCAGCAGAUGGAGGAGGGGUUGGAGUUCACUCGUACUCAUCACGUGGUGAGGAAGACCACUCUGUACGACAUGGACGUGGAACCCACCAGGAAGUACGCAGCAGUGGGCUGUCAGGACCGCAGCAUCAGGAUCUUUAACAUCAGUAACGGUAAACAGAAGAAGAUGUAUAAAGGCUCUCAGGGAGAGGACGGUACUCUCAUUAAGGUGCAGAUCGACCCGUCAGGUCUCUACAUCGCCACUUCCUGUUCGGAUAAAAACAUCAGUAUAUUUGACUUCUACUCUGGAGAAUGUGUGGCCACGAUGUUCGGACACUCAGAGAUAGUAACAGGUUUGAAGUUCAGUAGUGACUGCAGACACCUGAUCACAGUGUCUGGAGACAGCUGUAUCUUCGUGUGGCGUCUCAGUCCAGAGUUGACCAUCAGGAUGAGACAGCGACUCGCUGACCUUCAAUCUCCCAGCAGCACUCAAACCUCCCAGAAUGCACCACAGCAAAAAGGGGUGAACCUCAGCCGGGAGGUGUCUUCUCCUCGUGUCGUCAACAUGUCGUCUGACAGCGACAAGGAGGAGGAAGAGGAGGAGGAGGAGUGCAGGAGUCCUUAUAUGGCCACAGCAGGAUGCCUGGAGGAGGAGACGGAAAUGUCUGAUGAAAAGUUCUGCAGAGACGGCAAGAAGGACGCGUCGGGGGGACGCCUCCCUCGCCGUCGGUGGUCCAGGAGGACGGGCAGUGACGGCGUCCUGAUGGUGAAGUCCAUGUUGGACCUGAGACUGCUGGACUCGUACCGUCCUGAUGAACAGGUGGACCAGGGGGCGGAGCACGAGGUGAAGACAUGCCCCGUUGUGAGCCCCUCCCCCCCUUGUCCGAGUGGGAUGGGCCAGUGUGUGGGGGCGGGGCUUCACAGGACCAAUCGGGAGCUGGGGAGCAGCAUCAGUCUGCAGGUCAACACUGCAUGGGCAGAGGACAAUGAGGCAAGGACCAAUCAGAGGCCGGACUUCAUCCCGCUGUCCAACCACAGCCCAGACAUGGAGGCUGUGGUUCUGUAUCCCGACCGAUGGGAGGACAGAGUGAGCCUGGCAGGAAGUGAGUUCCAGGUGAAGGAGGCGUGUCCUGCCUCAGGUGGACAUCAGGACAAACCCAGUCCAGACAGCGGCUGCUCACUGGGAUUCAGCUCCAGGCUGUCCAGUCCAGUCAGACCUGCAGGAGACGACUUGGAGCUCACUGAGCUUCUUAGUGUGGAUGGAAACUCCUCUGAGCUGGAGGAGGAAGAAGAGGAUGAAGGAGGAGGAGCAGCAGCAGGAAGAGGAGCAAAAGAGGUUGUGAGCUCUCAGCUCGUCCCUCAGACUCCAGACCAGGAAGCCUUCCUGAAGGAACACUUUGUCACACUGGCCGACCUCUCGGGAUCAGGAAGUCCAAGCAAAGCUUCUCACAGCUCCAGUGAGAGUAUUAGCAUCUCUUCCAGGUUCCUCUCCCAGAAUCCAGCUGGAAGUCGGACUGUGUUUCCUCUCCCAUCUCGGACUUCUGGAGGAGGAGAGGUGAAGGCCCGGCCUCUGGUCUCAGAAGUCCGCCCUCUGAACCAGACCCAGGACCAGAGGGUGUCAUGGAACCAGGACCAAAGCCAGAAACAGAAUCAGGACCAAACCUCCUCAGUUCACGCCCAGGCACAUCCCCAGAACAGGAUCAACCAGGACCAGCCUCCUCAAGAUGUGAACCAGAACCAGAUGGCGGAGGAGACCUCCUCGGACCAGCAGACCCACCGACCCCCCCCACUGAAGAAGAAGAUCCAGACCGCAGUGGAGUCUAAGAGGAAUCUGGGCCCGACGGCCCGAGCCGCCGCCUUCCAUCUGAACUCCUCUUCCGGACUUCGGAAGGCUCAGUCAGUCCAGAACCUGCUGACCGACUCAGGUAACUCCUCCUUCUCAACCUCCUGUCCAAUCAGAGAGCCUCAGCCCCUCCCCCCCCUGCAGCGCCCUACCACCCUCCCCUCCUCCCCCCGCCUCCCCCAGUCCACAGCCCCGCCCCCUCAGAGACCAAGCCCCGCCUCCCCCAGGUCCCCCCAACAGGAAACAGCCGCCGCUGCCAUCUUGUCUGCAGCUUCGUCUGCUGUCGGCACCCCGAGGAAGUCGUCCUCGUCCACUCUGGUGGCGUCUCGUUCCUACAUGAGUCCGACCGCCAGCUCCAUGGCUAAGAUUUCUCGCUCUGUCUCCGUGGGCGACGGCCUGAACAUCCCAGAAUGUGGCGAGGACCCCCCGAUGACAUCUUCAUCAUCGGUAACUCCCUCCUCUCAGGUCAAAGACACGCCUCCUCCUCUUGUUGCCGUGGUGACCUCCAACGUAGGUCUGGCCACGCCCCCCCAUGCUUCCGUUUUUUCCGUCGUUGUUGCCUCCUCGUCUCUGGGUAACCAUGGCAACCAGGCGGCCCCUCCCCCCCGCGGCCUCCAGGCUCGGGUACCCGGCAAACCACUCCCCGACAAGCCCUCCCUCGCCUCCUUGUCCUCCCUCGCCUCCUCGUCACGGCCUCCUCCGGUCUCCGUCUCCCCCCUGACUCCCCCCUGGCAGGAGGAGGAAUCUCAGACUCCUGCAGGCGGCGGCAGCGUGGAGCCAAGAGAUGAUGCAGACCUGCCAAUCAGUGUGGAGACCUGCAGAGCUCUGACCAAUGAGCUGCAGAGCUGCUUCAAAAGAGCAACACACCUGUACAGGAAGGUGAGAGGCUCCUCUCACGAUGACUCCGCCCCCAACCAGCGCCAGAUAGCCGUCGUCCUAUCGGAGGCCUUCCAGGCCAUGAGGGCGGAGCUCGACUGUCUUCCGCUCGGCGUGCCGAGCAUGCUGGGAGUUGAGGAGAGGCUGGGGGGGGUGAAGACAGCAACUCUGCUGGAGGAGUAUUCUCUGCUGCUGCUGCAGGCCGUUCACCACCGGGUCCACAACAUGGAGGCUCAUCACUGAGGCUCUUCAUCCUCCUCCUCUUAGUCUUCCUCCUUUACUUUUUUCUUCUUUUUCCUCUUCAUCCUCUGAGGCUUUUCAUCCACUGCUCCUCCUCAUCCACUCCUCUUCAUCCUCUGAUGCUCUUCCAUUCUUCAUCCAUUUUUUCUUUGUCAUCUUUUCCUCUUUCAUCUCCAUCUUUUUUUUCUUCUUUCCUUCCUUCCUCUGUCUUUUCUUCCUCCUCGUCUUCACAGAUGAAGGAUCUGAAGCCAUUUUGAUUUAUUCUGAACUUGUUACUUUCUUUUAUUAUUAUGCAAGAAUCUCUCUGGUCUUAAAGGACAGACGAGUCGAUCCUACAAAACUUUUUUUUUUUUUUAAGAAACUGAAUUUGUUUUCGAAACUGAAUGACUUGAAAUUUCUUUCGAGUCGUUUUUUUGAAAGAAGUUUCAGCGACGGAGUCGUGGAAGUUUUUAUUUUAGAUUUCUGAAGAGUUAUUGUUAUGAAACGUUGAUGUUAGACUGUAGAGACUUACUAAAGGAACAAACUGCAAUACGAGACACUUUGAACAAACUUUGUUGUUCCUUUAUUUGAUGUAAAUGGUUCUUCCUGAGUUCACUUGAAUCAGAUUUUUAGUUUGUGUUUAUUCUGCUGAUGUUACACUGAACAGACUCGUUGUCUCCAGAGGAUACACACUGAAGUUCCUCUUUUUAUAACUGUUAUUAAAGGAACACUUUAACAAACA